UCUUGGCGAGAUUUUUCGACUGGAACGCCCGAUAACUCAAAGCUUCCUCAUUUGGUACUCUCCGAGUAAAGAACAAUCUGGAGCAGGAAGAUUCUGGUGUGGACAUGGCCUCCUGUGCCGCUAUGGACUGCCCCGCGUCGGCGGCGCUCAGGUCCGUGCUUGAGCGCGUACAGCAAGCCGCCGAACGGUCCGGUCGUGGGCCUCAGCAUAUCCGAGUCGUAGCUGUUAGCAAGACCAAGCCGGUCUCCGUCAUUCGUCAAGUCUACGAUGCUGGCCACCGAUGCUUUGGCGAGAAUUACGUUCAGGAAAUCGUUGAAAAAGCUCCUCAGCUUCCGGAGGAUAUCGAAUGGCAUUUCAUAGGGAAUUUGCAGAGCAACAAAGUGAAACCACUUCUGACUGGCGUCCCAAACCUUGCAGUUGUAGAAAGUGUGGAUGAUGAGAAGAUUGCAAACCGCUUGGAUCGGAUGGUUGCUAGUAUCGAGAGAAAGCCUCUUAAGGUGUUCAUUCAAGUGAAUACAAGUGGAGAAGAAUCAAAAUCAGGUGUUGAGCCCUCUGGUUGUGUGGAGCUUGCUAAACACGUUAGCUUGAACUGCCCAAAUCUUCAGUUUUCUGGGCUAAUGACGAUUGGAAUGUUAGAUUAUACAUCCACACCAGAAAAUUUCAAGUUAUUGGCUCACUGUAGAACUGAGGUUUGCAAAGCACUUGAAAUAUCAGAAGAACAAUGUGAGCUAUCAAUGGGCAUGUCAGCAGACUUCGAACAAGCUGUUGAAAUGGGGAGUACAAAUGUGAGGGUCGGAUCUACAAUAUUUGGGGCUAGGGAAUAUCCCAAGAAAAACUGAAUUAUGCAAGCCUGAGAUCUCUGAGCUUGCCUCGGUAAUCAUUUUGAUGAAAUAAUCUGUCUUAACAUAUACCGAUCUUUAAAUAAAAUAUCACGGAAGAAAGCAUCCAACUCCAGUUAUUAGUAGCUUCCCGAACACUGUAAAGUGAUGGCUGUAUGUUCAGGUUGACACACUUUUGCGCCAUCAGAUGACAAAUGAAGGUUUGCGUUUACUGAAAUUUUGGAUCAACUGUAAA